GGCUAUUCUAUGACCUCACUACCCUGAUUUAUUCCUUAACAACUACCAAGUUAUUGAGUUGCUGGGAAGAGUCUAGAAGGGGGUUGGGGGCUCCCCUAUUUGCAAACUCUCAGGGGUCACAGGGGCUUGCUAGCCCAACCCAGGUGGAGGUGUGGGCUUCACUCUUGGUAGCAAUUAUAUGUUCAAGGGAGAAAGACAAAGAAAAAGUUGCUAUCAAAUCAGGUAACUGAAGAGAACUCUGGGCUUCUUGUCCAUGUGUAGACCUACUUUUCCACCUGCAGAGAACACAUGAGAAAACAUGCUACAGGAUCAAAGAAGUUCUCCCAGAUAGCCGAGGAGGUCAGAUGCCACUAUGUCUCCACAUGCCCUGACCACACCUCCUUCUGCAAGGCACUGUUGGAAUCAGACUCCACCCCUAUUCUUAUUAAGCACUUGAAAAAAAGAACCCCUCCCGGAUGCAGGGUGGUGCACAAUUCAAUUUGCAUUCUUCCCCCUACUAAUCUUCUCACUAGAGAAGAAAACUCACCCUCAAUCAUCUCUCCCAUUUCAUCUUUGUCUCCACAAUGGGAAAGAUUCAAAAUCCUCAUCUAAAUGAAUACAUGAAAAACUCAAAUUUUCUUCCACUUCCCCUCUUUUCCACUCUCACUCUAUAUGAGCUUGCUUGCUAGCUUAUACUCAAAACUCAUGUCUAAAAUAGAGGCUUGCAAGAGAAGUGAAUGUACUCCCACUCCUGAAAUAUCACCAAGACAUCUGAGAUAUUGUUUAGAUUGUGGACUCUUACUUUGACAUGCCAGCAUAGGUAGAGAGACAGGAAGCACAUCAGAUGUCAGUUUGGCAGCUGAUAAAAGUCAGGGCAUAGUGACACUAAGCUCAGAGCUACGGGAGCCUGAGCAAGGAAAUGCUUCUCCCUUCUCUUCAGUAGUGGGUUGAGACGCUGGCCCCCUCUGAGCUAAGGAAACAAUAUUCUUCAAGAGAAACCCACCAACAUCAGGAGUACAGUGGUGGUCUAGAGAUCUCAGCAAAGAGGGCCAGACUAAAGUUGCUUCUGACUUGCUGCGACCUUCUGUGUAAUUCCAGGCUUGCCACCCCACGGUCAGGAUUCUAUCCUUCUGUGAGCAAAUCCAUCUUCCAUAUACCAGCUAAGCAUGUUUAACUACGAACGUCCAAAACACUUCAUCCAGUCCCAAAAUCCUUGUGGCUCCAGACUGCAGCCUCCAGGACCCGAAGUCUCCAGCUUCCCGAGCCAGACCAAACAGUCUUCCAUCGUCAUCCAGCCUCGCCAGUGCACAGAGCAGAGAUUUUCUGCCUCCUCCACAGUGAGCUCUCACAUCACCGUGUCUUCCUCUGCUUAUCCUGCUUCCCAGCAGCUUGCUGGCCCCAACCCUGCCCAAAAGGUUACUGCUACCUAUAACCAGUCCCCAGCCAGCUUCCUCAGUUCUAUAUUACCGUCUCAACCUGAUUACUGUAACAGUAAAAUCCCAUCCACUGUGGACUCCAACUAUCAACAAUCCUCAGUUAACCAACCUGUAAAUGCCAUGUCAUCCCAAGCUGCAAAUGCUAGGCCCACUCCAAAGACUCCUGACCAUGAGAUCCAAGGAUCGAAAGAAGCGUUGAUUCAAGAUUUGGAAAGAAAGCUGAAAUGCAAAGACACCCUUCUUCAUAAUGGAAAUCAAAGACUGACCUACGAGGAGAAGAUGGCUCGCAGGUUGUUAGGACCUCAGAAUGCUGCUGCUGUGUUUCAAGCCCAAAACAGUGAAGUCCAAGAUUCACCACAGCAUAACCCAGAACAAGCACGGCUGCACGUUCCCACAUCACAAGUAAGAAGUAGAUCAUCCUCCAGAGCAGAGGCCAAUGAUCAGGAUGCCAUCCAGGAGAAGUUUUACCCACCACGCUUCAUUCAAGUGCCAGAAAACAUGUCGAUCGAAGAGGGGAGGUUCUGCCGAAUGGACUUUAAAGUAAGUGGACUGCCAGCCCCUGAUGUGUCAUGGUAUCUAAACGGGAGACCAGUGCAAUCAGAUGAGUUGCACAAAAUGAUAGUGUCUGAGAAGGGUUUCCACUCCCUCAUCUUCGAAGUGGUCAGAGCAUCAGAUGCAGGGCCGUAUGCAUGCGUGGCCAGGAACAGAGCUGGAGAAGCCACCUUCACAGUGCAGCUGGAUGUUCUGGCAAAAGAGCAUAAAAGAGCACCGAUGUUUAUCUUCAAACCACAGAGUAAGAAAGUUUUUGAGGGAGAGACUGUGAAGCUGGAGUGCCAGAUCUCAGCUAUCCCUCCACCAAAGCUGUUCUGGAAAAGAAACAAUGAAAUGGUCCAGUUCAACACUGAUCGGAUAAGCUUAUAUCAUGACAACGCCGGAAGAGUAACUUUACUGAUAAAAGAUGUAAACAAGAAGGACGCUGGAUGGUACACAGUGUCAGCAGUCAAUGAAGCUGGUGUGACCACGUGUAACACAAGAUUAGAUGUCACAGCCCGUCCAAACCAAACUCUCCCAGCUCCUAAGCAGCUGCGUGUUCGACCAACAUUCAGCAAAUAUUUAGCGCUCAAUGGGAGAGGUUUGGAUGUGAAGCAAGCUUUUAACCCUGAAGGAGAGUUUCAACGCCUGGCAGCUCAAUCCGGACUCUAUGAAAGUGAAGAACUUUAAUAACUUUGCCCACAGGGAAAACACAACUUCCCUACAACCAAUAUGUCUGAUAACAUUGUGGGAAAAAAAGUCCAUGGCUAUAUUAACAAAUUGUGACUUUACUUAGGUCGUUUAACUAACUCACAUUUAGAAUGUUAUUUACCCUCUGACUCUGGCCCAGCCUGUAUUCCUCCGACCUGUGAAGCCGACAGUAAACUAAGUAUAUGAGUUUGUAUUGUAAGAGACUGUUUUAAGAUGCAGUGUCUUAACACUGAAGUCCUUUAACAACUGUGAGUUAUGAACCAGAAACUUUUGAAACACCACUAAUGCUUGCAGUAAAGUUUAUGGGUAUUGCUUAACAAACAUUUAUUUACCUAUUUUCUCUUAUAGGAAUACUAACAUGAUAUAGAUUAUCUGAGUGUUCCACAACUUCCCAUCCAAAGAGAAUAAAAAUUUGAGUAAUUAAG